AUGAGGUCCAGAUUGCUCUUCCUAACUUCGAGCUUCACUGACAUACGUAUAAAUUUGGCAUUGGAAGACCAUUUAUUUAAGAAUUAUAGGCAAUUGCACAAUAUUUACAAUCUAGUAGAAAAUCCCCAAAUAGUGUUUCUAUGGCGCAACACACCUAGCAUUAUCAUUGGUAGAAACCAGCACGCAUAUAGCGAGUGUAAUGUUGAAGAGAUUAAGAGGGACGGUGUCAAUUUGGCUAGGAGAUUGACGGGAGGUGGUGCUGUGUACCAGGACCUAGGAAAUACUUGUUUCACAUUCCUAAGUCAUUCAAAAUAUUACAAUGUAGAAGACAAUAACAAAUUGAUCAUCGAUACGCUAAAAUAUUUUGGGAUUAAUGGUACGCCAUCAGGAAGAAACGAUUUGGUAAUUGGCGAUAAAAAAUUUUCGGGAAGUGCUUUUAAAAAUAUAAAUGACAUUUCUUUACACCAUGGAACGCUGUUAUUUGAUGUGAACAUUCUCAAUAUGUUGAAAUAUUUAACACCAGAUGUGUCGAAGCUACAGAAACACGGGGUUAAGAGCGUGGAAUCAAGGACGAUCAAUUUGUCAACACUUAACCCAAAUCUAGACCACCAAAGUUUCACCGAGAUAAUGCUAGACAAGAUAAAAGACUUGUACAACGAUAUAACUAUUGAGAAACUAUCCACUGUACCUAAGGAAUCAGAAUUUUACCAAAAGUUGAAGAGCGACAAAUGGAAUUACGGAGAGCAAAAAGCAUAUCAAUUAGUGUUUAAAAAUCGAUUCCCCUGGGGAUGUUUAGAAAUUAAUUUAUUGAUGAACCAAGGAAAUGUUGUGGGUGGGAAGGUGUAUUCUGAUAGCCUAGAUGUGGAUUUUAUAGAUGAAAUACAAAGAUUACUAGAUGAUCCAAAUACAGAGUCUAAUUUAAAGCGAUUUGAUCAAUGGAAAGAUGUAGAGCAGUGGCUAGAAAGUGUCAAAUCUCCAUUUCAACAUCCUCAGGUUUGCUAA